AUGCGCUAACCAUUAAUAGAAAAAUCAAUAAAUUAUUAGAUGGUUCAAUUUAUAUAUUUAAUUGUGUGACAAUUUGUGAUUGACGUGAUAUGGUCAUUUAAUAAUUUUUUAAGCUCAUGUAUUUUUUUUUUCUAAUUGAUACAUUAUUAAAAUGAAAUGUGAAUUUUUUUUUUCUUUUUCUUAUAACAAUUAUUUUAAAGUUUGGUAACUAAAUUAGAAAUUUUCACUUAUUUUCCCCCAUGAUCUGUGUGACGGCGGUGAGGUUUUUACUAACAACAGACAACCAAACAUCACACAAACAUUAUGGAGUUAAAAUUGAAAAUAUCCGUUACGGCAUAAUUCUAACGGUCAGUUUUUUCAAAUUUUUUCAAGAUUCAAUUCAAAAACCGAAGCCCUCCAAUUUCAUUUCAAGAACUUAACCAUCCCCCCAUUUCUUGAACCUCAUCCACCUGUCUCUCUCUCUCUCUCUCUCUCUCUCACUCAUGGCUGACGAGAAAGAACGCAAGUCAUCUGAUGAACCAGAGAAGAAAAUCCCAGUAUUCACUGUCCUAAAAAACAACACCAUUCUCAAGAACAUAUUCGUCCUAGACAAACCACCUCUGAUUUCCGGACCCAAAUCUAUUGAACACAUAGAAAAUGAGAACCAAUCGGUUCAAGAAAUCGAAGAAAUAUUGCUUGUGGGACGACACCCAGAUUGCAACAUCACGUUGGAGCACCCUAGCAUCAGCAGAUUCCAUCUCCGAAUCCUCUCGAAACCCUCUUCGCUGAAGCUCUCUGUGAUCGAUUUGUCGUCCGUACACGGGACUUGGAUUUCGGGGAAGAAAAUCGAACCAGAGGUUCGAAUGGAGCUGAACGAGGGCGAUACAAUGCGGCUCGGUGCCUCGAGUAGGGUAUACAGGCUGCAUUGGGUUCCUUUGAGCCGUGCCUACGAUUUGGAGAACCCGUUUGUGCCGCCGUCAGAUGCGUUGGUGCCGGUUGAAGAAAUAGAAGAAACACAUCAGGAUGAUAAUUGCUUGUUUGCUGAAAAUGACCAAAUCCAAUCACUGGGUAAUGAUUUGGUACUGUGUUCGUUAUUUUCUGAUGAGAAUUCCGAAUUAUCUCUGAAGAAAGCAAUCCCAUCGGCACCUCCGUUGCCCGAAUAUGUAAAUUCUUCAUUUUUUGAUGAACAAGAAGUGGGUAAGAAGAGCCCAUCAAGGGAAGAAUCUGAAAAGAGUAGAACCUCUGACCUCUGGUCUGUUCAGCUUGGUUCAGAGUCUGUGAUAGACGCUGAAAAUGAACAAAUGGAAGAAGAAAAAAAUUGUAACCCACAAACUCAUGUUGUCUCGGAAGUACUAUCUGAAGGUAAAAUGCUGGAGAGCCCUACUCGAAGCUUGGAGAGAGAAUCAAUCUUAGGAGAAAACUCAAAGCUUUCAUAUUCUGAUGAAGAAUUAGAAAACCAGUGGUCAGCAAAAGAAACCCAUGAACAGAGCGGCGAUUCGAGCCUCAACUAUCAACCCCUCGCAACUGAAUCUCUGAAUGCAUGUAUUCCCAGGGGAAUUGAUAUCUCAGCAACCGAAGAUCAACAAUUCAACAAAGAAAACCGGACCUCACAGUCUACCCUUGCCACAGGAUUUUAUGGGAGUGAAAAUACUCAAUUCUCCCCAGUAAGAUCAGAGCAAAAAUCCAACUCUCCAGUAAGCUUUGAUUCUCCAUCAUCCAAUGAACAAAAGGGCUAUCCAGUUGGUGAAACACUUGAACAAAGUGAAAUUCCAAGGCUCAUGUCUGGAGCUCAUGCGGCAGAGUCUCUGAACUCAUCUUUGCCUGGUGGAGAUGUGCUGUUAGAGAUUGAAAAUCAACAAUUCCAUGGAGGAAAGUGGACCACACAAGCUCCCUCUUCCACCAAAACGUCUCAAAGAGAUGAUCCAGAAAGUUCCCCAAUAAGAUCAGAGAAAAAGUCCAGCUUGCCUAGCAUUUGGUCAAGAAGAGGUAAGCCUGCUAGUGUUCUUCAUCUUCAAACUAGUAGGAGCAGAGGAGUUGAUACUGAUGCCAAAGUUGAACCACGUAAGGAUCUUUUCUCUGAUUUAGAUGGGGAUGAAGAAGAAACCUUUACUCCAGACAAGGAGUUGAUACUGAGCAGAGGAGUUGAUACUGAUGCCAAAGUUGAACCACCUAAGGAUCUUUUCUCUGAUUUAGAUGGGGAUGAAGAAGAAACGUUUACUCCAGACAAGGAGUUGAUACUGAGCAGAGGAGUUGAUACUGAUGCCAAAGUUGAAUCACUGAAUGACGAAAACAUUGAAAACAAGUUUAUAUCCAAGGGUCUUUUCUCUGAUUUAGAUGGGGAUGAAGAAGAAACCUUUACUCCAGACAAGGAGAACUUUACCCCAAAUACACUUCUUCUGAAGUCGAUGAAGAAGAUGGGCAGGGCAGAAGAAAUUAAGCAUUCUAAGUCAAAUAGAUCAUCCUCUUUUACGAAGAUUGUUAAUCCCAACAUCCAACCAGAAGAAGAGACACUUUCCUUUUCAGAAAAAGAGAACCAGACACCAAAAAUACUCCAAGAACGGAAAUCAGUAAGGCCUGUCUCAAGAAAUCGAGCAAAGUUGGAACCACAGAUGGUGGUGAAGAGUAGAACAGAAAGGUUGCCGUUUCAACCCCUAGUGGGAAAUUCUACUGGCAAGAGCAAGUUAGAAGCUUCAGUUCUUGGAGCCACUACGAGAAGUAGCAAAUCCUUGAAUUAUGCUCAAAUUGAAGAGAAGAAUAACACUACCAAAGUGGAGAAGAGGAAGUGGAACAUAAUAGUGGACACUACUUGUCUUCUAAACAAGGAGUCGAGGAAGGCGUUACAGCUUUUGCAAGGUCUCAAAGGGACUCAGCUGAUCAUUCCAAGAAUUGUCAUAAGGGAAUUGGAUUGCAUGAAGCGACGAGGCAGCCUGUUCAGAAGAACAACAGAGAUUUCUUCAGUAUUAGAAUGGAUUGAAGAGUGUAUGGUGAAUACAAAGUGGUGGAUUCAUGUUCAAAGCUCAGUAGAGGAAGGCAGGCCUGUUGCGCCAACCCCACCUGCUUCUCCUCUGUAUCGAUUCAGUGAGGGGAGUGUAGGUUUCCCUGAUGGGGCACCAAGCACAAUGCCAUUUUCUGCCUAUGGAAGUUUGCUGGAAAUUGUAACACCAACAGCAGAAGAUCAUAUCCUUGAAUGUGCCCUCCUUUUUAGGAGAACUAAGAAUGAUGGACAGCUCGUCCUUCUUAGCAAUGAUGUCACUCUGAAGAUCAAAGCCAUGGCAGAAGGUUUGCUCUGUGAGACAGCAGAGGAUUUUCGUGAGAGUCUGGUGAACCCAUUCUCCGAUAGGUUCUUGUGGGCCGACAGCUCUCCUAGAGGACCUACUUGGUCUUGCACGGACGAUGUCAUCUUGAGGGAGAGAUAUAGCCACUGGCCUUCGAAGAACCCACUGAGACCUGGAGAUGGCGCAAAGGGUUUGAAGCUCAUACUGCUACACAAUUCACAUUACAGAAAGUUCAGUUCAAUUAACUAAACAAUGUACCUGUAACUCAACAACUGCUAGUAUUACCAGUUCUAAACCCUGUUUUGAAGAAUGAAUUGGAAAUUUGUGUUCAUAUGGGUCGGUUGAUACUAUCAAUUCGUUCUUGCAAUCACACAGGUUUCUGUUAAUUUGAUCAUAUAUGUUUGAACAUUUUACAUUUUUUGCUUUGUUUGCUUAGGGGGGGAGAGAGAUUUUUGCUUUGUUUACUUUCAAUUCGAUCUUGCAAUCACUCAGGUUUCGGUUCAUUUGAUCAUAUAUGUAUGAACAAUUUACAUGAUGCUGCACAUUUUCGUUGU